CGGCCGCCAAUAAGCCAUGCAUGCAUGGCCACAAGCAGCAACUGAAGAAUCACAGAGAACGGACUAGGUGCGUGCUCUGCGCUGACAAGAGCAGCGGCAGGCAGGUCGUGGAUCGCCUUGGGUGGUGAAUAAUUGAAGAAGAAGAGGUGGAGACUUGAGCGAGGCAGAGCAGGUGAUGUCUUCGCUGCCAGGAGGCUUCCUGUGCGUGCGCGUCCUGCGCGGGAUCGACCUCGUCAGCUGCGACGCCAAGGGCAGCGACCCCUACGUCGUGCUCAGCCUGGAUGGACAGAAACUGAAGACGAGCGUGAUGAAGAAGACGGUGAACCCGUUGUGGAACGAGGACCUCACCUUGGCCGUCAUGGACGCGUCGGCGCCCAUCAAGCUAGAGGUCUUCGACAAGGACACGUUCAGCAAGGACGACAUGAUGGGGGACGCGGAGUUCGACGUGGAGGCGCUGGCGCAGAUCGUGCAGAUGGACCUGGAGGACAUCCGCAGCGGCACCGUCGUCCGCACCGUCCGCCCCGGCGGCACGGGAAGCUGCCUCGCCGACGAGAGCCACAUCAUCUGGGACAAGGGCCACGUCGUGCAGGACCUCCUCCUCAGGCUCCGGAACGUCGACUCCGGCGUCAUCCACCUGCAGCUCAGAUGGGUUGCCACCCCACCUGAAGCAGACUGAACUGGAGGAGACGAACUGCAGUAUGUACGUGCUCGCUCCAUAUCCCCCAGGAAAGAACGUACGGAUUCGCUCGCGUGACGAUGAUACUAUGCGAUGCAUGCAUGCUCAAGAGUCAAGAUGUCACUGUCUUCUGUGUAUUUUAGUACAGCCACGUACAUUGUCGCCAUCCAACAUCACUAUGCAUGGACGUUUUUUUGAUAUAAAUAUAUAUAUAUAUAUAUAUGUGGAACUAACUAAUUUAUUAAUCACGAGUUCAUCAUGA